AUGAACAUCGACAUUCCUGAUUUACUGCGAGCGUUAGAAGUGGAUGAAAGGGUAGACGGAUCUGGCGGCAACACUGUGCAGGGCGAGUGCGAAACGAUAUUCCGCUUGUCGGAGAAGAAAGUCCCGCCGGGCAGGUUGAAGAAGGAGUUCCUGAGAGGAUAUGUCGCGAUAGAUCUCGCACUGGGGACGCUGGGGAUCCCGUUCUCAAAGAAGAAGCUACUGGAGAAGGCGAACAUCUCCAAACAGAAGGCGUACGAUGACACCUACCAGUAUCUCAGGAACGUGCUGGGCGCGCGGGUGGCUCCCAUGGGCGUGAGCAUGGCCAACAUCGCGGUCAAGUUCACGGGGGCUAGCGUGGAGCGGUCGAUGGCGCUGCUACAAAGGUUUCAGGAUGCUUGUCAUGCUGCGGUUACGGUGGAGCACCGCGAACGUUUGGCGGGACGGUAUAGCACGGCCGAGUACCAUGCUGCGGCGUUCUGCGUCGCGAGUGUGCAAGACAAGUUUAAGCUUGACCGAAAGGCUGUGGCGGCGAUGGUAAAGCUGCAGCCCAAGGACCUCGACAAGAUCUGCGGCGACAUGGUGGCAAAGUGCGGCCCGAGUGGGCUCGAACACGCCGCCAAGGUGUUCCGGGUGGAAACCCCGGGGUCCGGGGAUAGGGGACAAGAAGCACACAAGGGGAAGGGGAAAAGACCGCUCUCCCCGCGGGAUAGAGGAGGGGGGGGGGGCGGUGAGGAAUCCCCGGCAACGGCGACCACAACACGCCUCGAUGAGCUUGUGGACGGGGAUAGGUCGCCAGCGUCCGCGCAGCAAUCUUCAGGUCGACCUGCGUCGGGAGGGAGAAGAGGAGGAGGAGGGCGCACUGAGAAGCGGAUCGACUUCCUAGAGGCCGGGAGGGCAUCAUCGUCGGUACCGACGCACGCAGCUGUGGCGGACCCCGCGGCCCCUUUGAACGCCUUCGUGAAGCGCCUGCAGAGGCUGGAGUCGAAGAGCUACGCGGAAUGGUGUCGCCAGGGCGGGUACGCAUAA